AUGCAACUUGUGCCGCUGGAAUUGAAUAGAAGUACUUUGAGUGGGAUAUCCGGGUCCAUCUCAAUAUCAUGCUGGAUCAUUGUGUUUGUCCCUCAAAUUUAUGAAAACUUUUACAGAAAGUCGUCCGAUGGGUUGUCUCUACUAUUCGUCAUACUUUGGCUGGCUGGUGACGUCUUUAAUCUUAUGGGUGCUGUUAUGCAACAUCUUUUGUCUACUAUGAUUAUUCUUGCUGCGUACUAUACCGUGGCGGAUAUCAUUCUACUCGGUCAAUGUUUUUGGUAUGACAACGAGGAAAAGCCACCAGUGGACCCAAUCCAUCUCUCUCCAGCAAAUCCAAUAAAUGAAAACGUUCUUCACGAUGUUUUUAACGAACAACAGCCGCUUUUGAAUUCUCAAGGUGAACCAAACCGUAUCGAUGAGGAAAUGGCUACUCCUUCAUCUGUCGGAGAAGUUGGUGAUGACAACCUGCGUGAAGUUAAUUCAAGAAAUUUGUUAAAGGACGUAAGCAUUGUUGCAGGCGUAAUUUUUGUAGGUAUUACGUCGUGGUAUGUAACCUAUUGCUUAAAUUACUCACAACCUCCUCCAGUGGAGGAUCCAUCAUUGCCCGUUCCUGAACUUCAAAUCAACUGGAUGGCGCAAAUGUUUGGUUACUUAAGUGCUCUUUUGUACCUAGGUUCAAGAAUCCCUCAAAUACUACUGAACUAUAAAAGAAAGUCUUGUGAAGGUAUUAGCUUCCUGUUCUUUUUGUUUGCCUGCCUGGGUAAUACCACAUUUAUCUUCUCUGUUGUUAUCAUUUCUUUAGAUUGGAAGUAUUUAAUUUUGAACGCUUCCUGGUUGAUUGGGAGUUUAGGUACUUUAUUCAUGGAUUUUGCCAUAUUUUUCCAGUUUUUCAUUUAUAAAAAGAAUAAGAAAUUUAUAGUCAAUUAA